AUGAUUGCAAUUUCAGCAUAAUUAUGAAAACUAAAAAGAAAAUCGGUCCUGUUCAAGAUACCGCUUGGCGGCAGUCUAAGCUUCAGCUUUAAAUCGGUUUUCAGUUUGAACGAGCGACCUCGCAGUCGAGUGCGAGACGCCGUGCAAGUAACAUCGCGUUGAAUGUCGCGUCCUUUUUCUUCACGAUUUUUCCCUUAAUUUUUUAAUGGUUCAUUCCUCCAAAUUUUGUAUUAACACACAGUUUCGAGACUCUUUAAGAUCAUUUUAGAAAUAAUUGAAAAGAGCAUAAAAAGUAAUUGUCUAAUUUGUUUACGCGGGAAUUAUUAGGAAAUCGGACAUAUCUGUUCGACCCUUUGAGCCUAAAGGCGAAUACGGACAAGAAACAACAAAGCCAACAAUAGAAAGUUGCAAAGUUGCAAUUUUGUUUUUCAAGUUACGAAGAAAUAUGGAUAUAUUACAAGUUUUUUGAUAAUAUCAUUAUUGUUGUUUUUGUUUUCUCCUUUGUUUAUUUAUCCUUUUCUAGUUCAUUUAAUUGUUUUAUUACGUUCUAAAAGAAAGCAGUUGAAUAGCAUAUUUAGUGGAAAGUGUAUCGACGAAAGUUUCGAACGGCGUUCACGGCCAACCUGUUAGUCAUGUGAGAACGGUAAAAACCAUUCUAGCAGGAACUCUGGAAGAGCAGUUUCUCGGAAACGGCCGUCAGAAUAGUAAUAACGAUGUAGUGAAACCUGCUUCUCGCCGAGCAAGGAUACGCGCUGUUUUGACGAUCGUCCCUUUGAUCGCUCGUGCGCUGUGGUGUUCGUAUGCGUUUUCGCGAAUGGUAUCUCUUUAUUAUACAUAUGUAUGUACAAAAUGAUAUCGUUUUUAAAAAGACAGCAUUCUUGCGAUUGUUUCAACGCGAUAUUGUAAAACUAUUGAACGCAACAAAAAGAAAAAAAAUAAGAGGAAAUUAUUAGAAAGAAGUGAAUCAUUUGUUUACGGACAUGCAACUAUUUUGCAACAGCUCUGGAUGGCGCGGUAGAAAGACAGGCAUGAAUGCACACCUGACGAACGGACUCCUAAUGCUUGCCCUCGCCAUCGUCGCGACGAUGCGGGACGAUGCGACGGUGCUCGCAUAUUCCGGCGCCCCAUUGGUCAUGGAUCAGGACAUCCCUUUGAGAACUUGCCGAUAUAGCAGGAUACACUCGAUGAUUCAAGUUCGUUGCGCGAAUCUGGGUCUGGAAAGGAUCCCCUCUAAUUUGAAGACGGAAAUCCAGAUCCUGGACGUGUCGGUGAACAGGGUACGAGUGUUGACGAACGACAGCCUGGCCCCGUACACGAACCUCGCCUACCUUUACCUGAGGGACAAUUUUAUCCAGGAAAUUCAAGAGGCGGCUUUCGACAACCUCCGAUACCUGAAGAUGCUCGACCUCUCGACGAACGGGUGCGACACCUUGCCCAAAAGUCUCUUCCGUUUACCGUAUCUUCAAAAUUUGUAUCUAUCGAAGAACAGAUUGGGCGACGAGCUGUUCGAACGAGUGGAUGUUAAAUCCCCUUUAAUUCUGCUUCAAUUGUCGAAGAACAGAUUGGGUAGGAUACCGUCGUUGGGCCCGAUACCAACCCUCACCUAUUUGAACGUCUCCGAGAACAACAUCGGUUCCGUUUCGCCGGAGGAUCUGGCCCCUUUCUGCUCCCUGAAGAAACUCGAUCUGUCCAAGAAUCCGAUCAAGUUCGACGCGGGCAGCUGCGAGUGCCACACGUUCNACGCGUGGCUGCACGCGCGUGAAAUCGUCUCGAGGCCGGUGUACAAUUGCAGCGAGGAGCGGGCGAAGGGGGAGUGCGCGAGGCAAGAGUUCACGAACCGAACGAUGGAAUUGCACGAAAGGUGCACGGAAAUCCUGCGGUUGCAGGUCGAGACGGAGAAGGCGAGGAACACGUGGAUAUUGAUCGCCUGUUGCAUAUCCGGCUUCCUGUUCUGCCUGUUCGUAGGCCUGUUCUGCGUGCACAAGAAAAACAAACGGAGGAGGAAGAAGCUGAAGGAGGAGCAGAAAUUGAACGCGAACAACGCCAACACCGAGUUGCUCAACAGCAAUUUGAACCAGCCCGAGAAUACUUGAAAUCCGGGCGGAACGUCCGGUGAUUCUGUCAGAACGGAGAUACCUACCGGCGACCCGACGAUUUCGACUAUUGUGUUCAAUCCACGAG